AUGGAGCAUAGUUUAUGGAAUCAUUUGCCACUACUGGUAAGGGCAAACUCUAAAGAAUCAGUAGAGUACAUUCUUCAAGCUCUCUGGCGAACUCGUAAAACCGGUCUCGAUUCCGCCGACCGACUCGUCAUUCGCGACAUCCUCCAACUCUCUAACGACACCGAUCUCGACCCUUUAUUUGUUUGUCUUCGAAUGUUGAUUCGAAGGUGUGUGUACGAGAAUGUAAGCAAAGAUGAGAUUCAAAAGUUGUUUCCUGAUGAGGUUUUGCCGGAAUUGCAAAGGUUGUUGACGCUUUUACUCCAAAAAUUUCAGAGAGAGUGGCGAGCAGAUGUGUUUAAGGAUCAGGUUGAUUUUCCACGGUUGAAGGCAAUGACAUGGAAUAUGGCGAAUCAGGAUGCAGUCGAGGGGACUGAUCCUGUCGCUGUUAUCAAUUUGAAGCUUCAAAAUGAUGCACAGUCUAACUCAGAAUUGAAGUUCCAAUUAGGUAAAGAUACUCUAGAAACAAUGGUGAAGUCCAUGUACUGCAUAAGAGACCAAUUGUCUGACUUGGGUGGGGCAUCAAAUGGGCAGUUAUCUCAGGAAACCAACAUAGUCUAUGUUGAGUCGAUGGUGAUGUUAGUGGUGACUGACAGCUCUGCACAGGAGCUUCCUUCUAUGCCCAGGAGGCUCACAUACAUGGAUUUGGAGAGCAACCAUUUGCAAAGAUUGAUUUUUUGCAAAACCACUCUGGCCCUUAAAGAAUCAGCUUCUGUUUAUGCCAGCCCUCUCCUUCUUGGCUUGAAGGGUGAGGAUGCUGAAUGGGUUACGGUGGAUAUUGUGAACCCUGAACUGUCUGCAGAUGAUUGGGUUGGAGUUUUAUCUCCUGCAAACUUCAAUUAA